GGAAUGUCGCCUUCUAAUAGGCUGUUUGGAUUGUAGUCCACCGCUUCGGGCGCUUCCGCUUCCGUUUAGCGAUGGAUGGCAAGCAGUAUUGCAUUUCUGUCUUUCUCGCACAUUUUACAAUGACGAAGCCAAAUCUAAUAUAGAGGAUCAAACAUGAAUUGUUUUGAUAAUAAAUUCAUAUCCGACUAAGUCGCGGUGUCCGUUAAGAGAGCGGAAGAUGUCUAACAUCGGAAGUUAAAUUGUUGUGGUUGCAUUAGCAUAACGCACUAGAUUUAGCUUCAUGUCAACAACAUCGCGAGUCGUUUUUACAGUCAAACACGCUUUGUUUUGAUUAUUUUGCUUCUGUUCGUCCAUUGUAGUCAUUUCAUGCAGGUUUGCGGUGUCAUUGCUUGAAAUGGCACAGUUUAAGAUGGACAGAGAGGAGUCUGACAGGCUGAUAGAAAAAGCCAAGCUGUGUUUGCGGUCAGGACGCAAAGAGAAAGCCUUGCAGCUACUGUACGAGGCGCAGAAGAUCUACCCGAGCACCCGGGCCAGAGUACUGAUUGAUGCCAUUGUGAAGAAUGGCGGCACUCCCCCUGAAGAGGAGCAUACCUACACACCUCCACCCGGCUGGGGAAACUCUGAAGGCGAUGGCCCGGCUCAACAUCAGCGGCCCAGUACACGAGAGAGAGCAGAGGGGUCCAGCGACGACAAGAAGAGCUACACAGAGGAGCAGCGGCAAGGAGUGCUCAGGAUGAAGAGAUGCAGAGACUUCUAUGAGAUUCUGGGGGUGCCAAAGGAUGCCAGUGAUGACGACCUGAAGAAAGCCUAUAGGAAGCUGGCGCUACGCUUCCACCCGGAUAAGAACUGUGCCCCUGGAGCGACCGAAGCUUUUAAAGCUAUAGGCAAUGCAUAUGCAGUGCUCAGUAACCCAGAGAAAAGGCAGCAAUAUGAUCAGUGUGGGGACCAGGGCCCUGCAGAGACAUCCAGUCAUGCUUCAGCCCAGCCUAGUCAUGCGUAUGGACACCACCGCACCUUCAGCAGAGACUUUGAGGCUGACAUCUCUCCAGAGGAGCUCUUUAACAUAUUCUUCGGGGGCAGGUUUCCUACAGGCAACAUCCAUAUAUAUACCAACCAAGGAGCUUCUUACACUCAUUAUUACCAGCCCCGCAGACGCCGUACGUAUGAGAGACGGGAGGAAGAGGUGGAGGAGAGCCACAGUCCGAACAACUUCACAGCUCUGCUGCAGCUGCUGCCGGUGCUAGUGCUCAUUCUGAUAUCUGUAUUCACUCAGCUGAUGGCCACCAACCCUCCCUACAGCCUCUUCUACAAACCGUCCAUGGGGUUGGUGGUGUCCAGAGAAACCCAGCACAUGGGUGUGCCAUACUAUGUGGAUAAGAGUUUUGAGAACGAAUACCGCGGUGCUGCCCUGGAAGAGCUAGAGAAGACUAUUGAGAGCGACUAUAUUGACCAUCUACAGAGCAGCUGCUGGAAAGAGAAGCAACAGAAAUCUGAUCUAGCUAAUCUGGGCCAACUGUACCGAGACGAGCGGCUGAAGCAGAAGGCCGAGACCAUGAAGUUGGAUCACUGUGACAAGCUGCACCGCUUCAUGGGACGACAGAGAGGAGACUGAGGCUGCGUCGCCCUCCCAGACAGCAUGGUCUGCCUAAUCAAAAAGCUUUUAGUAUUGGUUAUAUAUUUCAAUUUACUUGGGUGGGUCACCUUUUUGGGAAGGAGAAAGGAAGGGAGAGAUGUGAAAUCGCAGGAACCCAAGCUGAUUUUCGCUUGAGCAUUUGUGCCUUUCAUCCAUGAAUGGGGUGAAGUCUGACGGCUUUUGUCUCAUCUGAUUCAGCUGCGAUGCACAACUGCGUGUGUGUGAGAGGUUAAUUUGUGCGAGCGCCUGGUAUAUAUUUUUCCUUACAUUAAGGAGCACCGACUCCAGGCUGGCCAACAGGAUUAAAGCUAGUGCUUGUCGUUUAUUAGUUGCAUUUAAGCUUUAUUGUUAAUAGGAAUUUAACUUAUUUAAUAACAUUUAAUUUAUUUUUUCUGAAUUUGUGCUGUGAAUUACAUUUGACAACAACUUUUAAUAGAAAGCUAAUUUUUUGUUUUUGGAAACAAACGGUUCUCAAAAACAGGGAUAUAGACCACUACAGCUUGUCAAAGCUCUCUGGACGUAGCGACUAAAAAAGCCCCUUGUGUACAUUAAAUUAGUUUUUUGGUCCUUUGUUACCGUGCUGUAUGUUUUGGACAUUUAAAGGUAUUGGGCAACUGUUUUUAAGCAAUGUCUUUUUUUGUGAAGAAGGUAAAAAUGUUCAGUGCACUGACAGAAAUGCUAAAUGCCAUUACCUCAGAUUUAUUAAUCUGCAGUGUUUGAUUUAUAUUUUGGCACUUUAUUUGUCUUAACUUCUCUUGUUAUUGCAUGCAUCCAUCCAUCCAUGCAUUCUUCCUGCCUUGUUAGUGUUUGAAGGUGUUACUGGCACAGUUUAAUAUCCGUAAUUAUAACUAGGCAAAUAACAGUUACUGAGCAUCUGUUUUGAACUACAAUUAAUGUUUUACCUCAUGUCACUGAACACUAAGUUCUAUAUAUAAUAUACUAUAUAAUAUAUCUUUAGCACAAAUUUGAGCAUGAAGGCUAAGAUGUUCAGAAGUGCUACAGGAAGCGUCCACUCAUUCGGGAUGAAAUGGAGAGUUGGAUGUGACGUGGAGUGUUUGUGCCAGUGCUGGUAUUCUGAUCUUGUUUUCAUGCAGUCCACAAAUUGCUGGAAGUUUUGUUUGGAUUGAGUGCGUUUUUGUGCUGCUUAAAUAAAACAU